GAAGAAAGAGCUACUAAAAUACAGGACCUGUAGUUCUGUAUUCUUUUUGGAUUCAUCUUUCAUCUCAGGAUGAUACUGAAGUGAAAGGUUUUGGAAUGGAUCUUGUGGAUGCUGAGCUACGCACCAAAUUAUCUACACUCAACACCAAGUCUUUGGGAGAGCAAGCACAGUUUUGGAGAGAGUGCAGGAAUUCAAGUCUAAGGAACAGAGGAGCGUGCAGGAAGGCACAAACCUGACAGCUGUGGAUCAGCAUCUUGUUCAUGUGACUGGGAUUUCAAAGGCAUUUCAUGACCGCGGGGCUCAGCACUGCCAUGAGACUCGUCCGGUAAAGCUCUCGUCGUGGAUGGAAGGAAGGAAAUGGAUGAAUCACCAAGAAGCAGUGCACAGCCCUUCCUGCAUUCUUUUGAGGGUUUUGCUAGACCUCUGACUAAUGACACCAGACUGACCAGCUUGAGCUCUGCAGCAUGGCUGGGCUGUGCUGUCCAUCGCGUGCAGCACCCUGCCUCUUGGUGUAGCAUCAUGCCUGUCCAGACUGCUGGCUUGCAAGAAACUCAGACCUCAAACAGUACCACUAAGGCACCCUCUACCACGUUAACAAUGCCACAAGCAGCAGCAAAAGCUGCAAACACAUCCACCUCACCAGCGCCGACACCAAAAUCACCCGUACCAGUAACAGCUUCAAGGGAAGCCAGAAGUGAAUCCCCAACAAGCAACUUAACUCUUUCUUCCGUUGCACCAAACACACAACAAACAAGACAAAAAACAACACAAGCUGCAACAACACAACCGCUACCAGAAACAUCCCUGGCAGCAGGAGAUAAAAGUAACAGCACAGYGAACACUACAUUCCAAGCAAAUGAAACACAGUCAACACCAAAUGGGACUUUGGGUGCUCCGUCUACUAAGGGACCCUCCUUGCCUCCAACAACUGCUCUGCAGAAAACAACUUUUGCUUCUGAAACUUCAAGCCUUCCUGUGAACUCCACAGCAGAACCAACAAGUCUCAGCAGUUCUGGAAACAAGCUGCCAGAGGACACCAUCCAUUAUUCUAGUGUUAUCUUGCCAGUUGUGAUCACCUUGAUAGUAAUUACCCUUUCCGUCUUCUCUCUGGUGGCUCUGUACAGAAUGUGCCAGAAGAAAACACCAGAGAGACAAGAGAAUGGAACUGAACAGGCCCAGUCCGAUAAAGAGGGCGUGAAGCUGCUUUCUGUAAAGACAACCUCUGCCGAGGCUGGAGAGCACUCAUCUCAGGGGAAGAAUAAAACUCGACAGCGUGAUGAUUCUUCUUCGCACGUCAGUAAUAAAUAUAUGUGAAGUAGCCUGUUUUAUCAGUAUGUGGAAGAACUUCCCAGCAAUGCUGUGGUUUCACAGGAAAUAUGGAGCAGCUGAAGCUUCUAACCAGACAGGACACUUGUGUUAAUGACCAGCUCUUUACAUCCAAAYCUUAAAUGCCUCCUGUUCCUUCUGGAAUGACAUGUGCUUUAUUGAUGGCUUAAUAACUGGUAUAUCUUAUGUAUUUAUUAUUUCUGCAUAUAGUAAAAGCAGGAAAACCUUCAACAAGACUGAAGAUAAUGUUAAAAUCAGGUGAAGUUUGGCUAGUAAUUAUUUAAAAUGUUUUCUAUACAUAUAGGAGGUAAUACAUUAACAUACUUUGUUGAACUUUUGGUAGAUAGGGUUCUUUUAAUCGUAUGUAGCAAAAUGCCAACAGGGCCUGACCCUUGAAACAGUCCUGGCCAAAUUGCCAGCUCAAAACCUAAUUCAGUGGCUUCCGUGCGGCUCCUCAUUGUAGCACUCGCUUUGCCUGUCAUAAAUGUUUACAGGAGGGGAUGCCUGGAUGAAAUGCUGAAGUGUGAGUUGCUUUUUCUGUGAAGAGGAGGAAUAUUCCUGACACUGAGGUUCAUUGAUGUUCUAUAAGUUGCUGAAUGUGGUCCUUGUAAUGUAGCAGCAAUAUAGUUUAUUUCCACUUGUUCCCCCGCUAAUCCCUGCAGUACAUCUGCCACGUAUACUUGUAGUCUCCUCUGUAACUUGUGGUGCACAGUAGGGAUCAAUGUGAUAAACACCUUUACAGACAAGCUUUCUUCCCUAUGUUCUGAGCAAUGCAUGAGAUUCCUGUUCAUUAUUUAAUAACUAUAGAAGCCUGAAGAAUGCUUCAAAUAAUUAUUACUGACUUUCUUAAUUUAUACAGAGCUAGCACUUCAGAAAUAUCAAGGAGUGCUUCUACCUGCAUGUAUCCUGCUCUUCUAGAAGUAUAAAUGCUUGAAAAUUAUAUUAACAAGAGCRUCUGCUCAGUCUUAAUCUCCGGAGUCUGGUAGGCUGUUGAAAAGCUCCAUUGAUUUAUUGGGAAAUGAAAAGGAGACAAUUAGUGGUGUAAACACAGGAUCAAGAGCCAGGGAUUCCUGAAAAAUAAUCCAAGCUUUUGCUACUAUGCUUUUGAGGAACCUCUCAUCUUCUCUCUCCAAUUUCCUUCUCUUUACUAAUAAAAUUUACUUAGCUGCCUGGUAAGCGUUUGAGCAGAUUGUUAGUUCAUCUUUCUAAACAAGGAUGCCCCUGUGCUGGACCAUUGCUCUGAUUUCUACCUCCGUGGGUCUAAUCCUUUAUCUUAGUGGCACGAGGAGAAGCUUUUGAUGAAGCUCUGUGAAAGAUGGGGAACCAGCCGUAGUGCUGUGCGCUGCAGCUCCACUUGUAGGGUCCAUCCAGGUAUGCCUGGAUCACCGGCAUUGCUCAGGAGCAGAGGAGUCUUUGAUGCCUGCUUUGGAAAGGUCAGGGCAUCUAAAAUACACUAGUUAGCAUCUAUACCUAUCC